GAUCACGCCUCUUGAGUGCUGUGCCUUUAAGAUCCUCUGGGGGCGGGUUGUCAGCCACCCGCCCUCAUUCGCUGACUGCCCAAGCGCGGGUGGCUGGAACACUGAAUUUGAGGAAGAACCUGCAGGGUGAUCGAGUCGCCUGGCUUGUGGACAACAGCCAUGCCCGACACACACUGAGCGGACGUUGCCCGGGCGCAAGUCGCAUUGGCCAUGGGCAACUUCCAGCUGGAAGACUUCGCGGCGGGCUGGAUCGGAGGUGCAGCCAGUGUCAUUGUUGGCUACCCUCUGGACACAGUCAAGACUCGCCUGCAGGCUGGUGUUGGCUAUGGGAACACAUUCAACUGUAUCCGCACGGUGUACAAGAGGGAGAGUGUGUUUGGCUUCUUCAAGGGCAUGUCCUUCCCUCUGGCCAGCAUUGCUGUCUACAACUCGGUGGUGUUCGGGGUCUUCAGUAACACCGAACGGUUCCUCAGCCAGCAUCGCUAUGGGGAGCCCGAGGCUGGCCCUGGCCGAAGUCUGUCUGACCUACUCCUGGCUAGCAUGGUGGCUGGUAUGGUCUCUGUUGGGCUGGGUGGUCCCGUGGACCUCAUCAAGAUCCGACUGCAGAUGCAAACACAGCCGUUUCGGGAAGCCAACCAUGGAUUGAAGUCCAGGGCAGUGGCCCUAAGGUAUCAGGCAUCGUACCAGGGACCAAUACACUGCAUCACAACCAUUGUGCGGACUGAGGGCCUGGCAGGGCUAUACCGGGGAGCCAGUGCCAUGCUGCUCAGGGACAUCCCAGGAUAUUGCCUCUACUUUAUUCCCUAUGUGUUCCUGAGUGAAUGGAUCACACCUGAGGCCUGUACAGGGCCCAGCCCUUAUGCUGUGUGGCUGGCAGGUGGCAUUGCAGGAGCGAUUUCCUGGGGGACAGCAACUCCAAUGGAUGUUGUGAAAAGUCGACUCCAAGCUGAUGGGGUCUAUCUAAACAGAUACAGCGGAGUCCUGGACUGCAUCUCCCAGAGUUACCGUCAAGAAGGCUUGAAGGUGUUUUUCAGGGGUCUCACUGUGAAUACUGUGCGUGGCUUCCCCAUGAGUGCGGCCAUGUUCCUUGGCUAUGAGCUCUCCCUGAAGGCACUCCACGACUACACUGUGACAAGCCCAUGAGUGUAAGGCUACUCAGAACAGACAUGAAACUCAGUGAGAACUGUGUAAGGCUCUCCAUUUCUCUCCCCAGCCCAGAGUGCUGGAAGGAAGCAGCAGACCAUGGACCAAGCAUCCACCAUCAUCUCUUUCAGCUCUGGAUUAGAACCUGUGAAAAACUGGAGCAAAGUAUCUGUGCCCCUGAAUGCUGAAAACACAGAAGAGGCUUGCGGAGAAGCUUGAGCUGGCUCCGUGCUUCCAAAUAAAAGCACUGAAUGCCCUUUGGGUUAUUUCUUUGUCACAUGCCUCUACCUGGAUUUUGGGAGGCCUUGGUCACCCCCAUUUCUGCUCAGGUUAGGUCUGUGGAAAUGUUGCCAGCUCAGAGAGAAACCAGCUCCAUGCAGUCUGGUAAUGGAACUAAGGGGGUAGUAUCAUUUUUUCCCUGGUCCUUGAUGGUGUGCAGAGAAGGCACAGUGGCUGGAAAGGAUCAUGUAGGAGAGAGAAAUCCAAAGGUUUUCAGGCCUGAGCAGUAGUGUGUAUUGGUGUCAUGAAUGGCAGAUGGCAGCCCAGGCUUGCAGGAGGUAGUGUUCUCUGGACCUGACUUUUAUAUAGAAACGGUAAUAAAAUGCACAUG